AUGAAUGGAACAUCUUUUGCCAUGGUUCGUGAGAUGGAGACACAUAGGGCGCUCUUUCAUCUAAGAAUUAUAUACAUUCUAUUGUUUGUUUUGUCCGCCACCAGCAUUGCAGCACUUUGGAUUUCGUUGGAGGCUUAUACCGAACUAAAACGGUUGAAUGAGGCCAGAUGGUCGAACUUUCCCUUCAGCCAUGGCGGAAAUAACAGCGAGGAUGAGACCCAGAGAUCCAAAAGGAACAACCUGGAGCCACCGGAAAUGUACCAAGACGUCACCUUCUCCGGGCUGUCCUCAUCCUACGACUUCUACUCCUCGACCAUUGACUACAGAUUUUGCAGGAAAGUAAUCUCGGACUGUGAUCUUAGAACUCCGGUUAUUCCUGGACCUCCUGGAUCUAAAGGGGAAAAGGGAGAGCCAGGGAUCGAUGGUAAAGGAGUAAAAGGGUGUAAGGGAGAAAAAGGGGAGAAAGGGAGAAAGGGGGAAAAUGGGAGCCCUGGACCUGAGGGACCAAGAGGUUACCCCGGAUAUCCUGGUAAGCAAGGCGACGUAGGACAAAAAGGUGACCCGGGUGCUACCGGUCCAAAAGGAAAAAGAGGCAUCCCUGGUCGAAAAGGAGACGUGGGUUCAAGAGGAAGUAGGGGUUUCCCUGGUAAGAAAGGAGAAAUGGGAGGGACUGGAUCCAAAGGAGACCAAGGGGAUAUAGGUCCUAGGGGUGAAAGGGGUGUUUCCGGUCCUAAGGGUGAGCGUGGAGAUACCGGUGAAAAAGGCGAACGGGGAGAGAAGGGGUCACCUGGGAAAGCCUGGUCUCCAACAUCAAAUGACACGUGUCUCUGUUCCUGCACUUACAUCGCAUCCCCCACAGAGAAUUCUCUUUCAGAGGAAGAAACGACUACUGAUGUUGUGGCAUGCUCACCAUCACCCACAACAACCAGCAGUUCGACAACAACGACAACAAUUCCAACAACAACAACUAGCAGCACAACAACAACAACCGUGGCCACCACCUCAACAACUCUUGUCCCAACGACACCGAAGCCGAGGAAAAGUUAUUGUGUCAUAAAGAAAAUUGGAAUUCCGUUCUUCAAAACGAAGUCUGGGUCGUUGAAGGGAUGUUGGAUGAGAGAUCCUUUAAUGACGUCACAGAAAAUCUGGGUCACAGAGGGAGUGAGUGGACAGUAUCUCACAGAGUAUUCAUCUACAGAGGAAAGCAAGGAAACAUUCAUGUAUAACUUAACUCAGUUUAUGUACCAAGGAACGGACCAUGUAGUGUACAAUGGUACAUUUUGUUACCAUUGGAAAGGUACCCUAAAAAUAGUUUGUUAUGAUCUCCGUUUACGUGCUGUAGUAAUGGCGUUUGACGUGAUCAAUUCAAAUUACGAAGGGGAUACGACUCUGUACAAAGAUAGUAAUUCCUAUUUUGACUUGGAAGCAGAUGACAAUGGCCUGUGGCUUAUAUACACUGAGAAAAAUGACGUGGAUAAUAUAUAUGUUCUUCAUUUUUACCCUGGGACCUUAAGAGAGUACAGACGCAUAAAAGUUCCUGUGAAAGUUCAGGAGUAUGGGAAUGGAUUUAUAUCCUGUGGAAUUCUGUACCUGGUGUCGAGUUCUACAGUUCAGAGAACGACUAUCCAAUCUGCUUACGAUUCAUUCAAAAUGGAGUCUAUAUCAUUAUCUUUAAAUUUUAUUAAUCCUUAUGCAGGAACUUCUAUGAUAAGUUUCUUUUAUGAUAGAAAUCCAAGAAAUUGUAGACUAUUAGGAUGGGACAGCGGGCGCCUGAUUGAUUAUCAAAUACUGUUUCGGUGACAUGUGUAGCAAGAGAUCACUUAACAUAGUCUGUAUGUCUGUCAGUAUGAGACAACAUAUUAUUUGGUAUGAAAACAUCUGCAAAACACCAUAGUACAUGUAACUGACGUUGACAAUUUAUUUGGCUUUUUGACUAUCCUUGUGUAUCCAAUCCUUUGUGUGGGGUGGGAAAAUGGUACUUAAG